GUGCAGCACACCGAUGAUGGACCUACUGAUCCAAGUGACGACAUCACACCACAUCAGCCCUGCCGGUCACAUCAUACAUGUGGUGUCCGACGCCCGCCCCCUCGCAUACAAGCCCUCCACACCCAUCGGUACGCUGGACGCCACCAUACUCGAGAUUGUCCCCAAGAACAGAAUCAACGACCAUAAAAGCGACAGCAAUAACAGCCUGGGCGAGGCGUGUCAGCGACUCAAGGCGCAAGAGUGGAUCUACAAACAGCAACUUGUGGUUAACUUGCCGCGUCAGCAGCUGGCGGUGUACCGCGUACCUCCUCACACACGCCUCGCUGACGUCCUUACGAUGGUCUGUGCUGACAAGGACAUCAGCAGCGCUGACGUGCGCCUCCGCAGACCUGAGAAGCCUGACGAAGAUCUUGACGCGUCCCUGACUUUACACGACCUCGACCUGCACGAGGUGUCGCUGGUGCCGCUGAGCUACGCGCCCCCGCCGCUGUCCGUGAGCGACCUCCUGACCAUGAGCUCCCUCGCCCACCAGCAGCCUGACCUCCCCGCCAAGAGGAAGAGCGUCUUCAGGCUCUUCUCGCGCAAGAAUAAAUCCCGACCCUCGGCUACACGCGCCCCUCCGUUGUCCUCUGUCCCUCAGAGCACCGGAGACAGCAGCCUGUCGUCAGGCAGCGCUGGGGAGCGCAGCGCGAGCCCCACGCGCUAA